AAGAAUGACAUACCCUUUCGUUCGAGUCUGAAACACAUGAACCCAAGUGAUCGUGAGCUCUUCAUAUGAAUGUCCGGAUAGAUAGCUACAAUGCUGAUUGAAUUUAAGCUGCUCGGCCUGUUCUAUUCUCUUGCUGCUUGUUUGCUGUUUGUAUCACGUACACACCAUUUGACAAUGCAUCAAAUAUCUAUUAUAAAGGCAAUACCGUCUCUAAAAGAGCGACUUGCGGCUCGCACUAUAAUACACAAAGAAAGAGCCCAUCUCAAACUCUCUUCUUCUUCUUUUUACUCGGACCAUCUUCUUUCUUUCCUGUACGUCCAACGCCUUGUUGACCAACCAAGCCUUCCAUAACCCGACGUACUUCACCGGACAAAUCAUUUGCCUGUCGAGGAUCGUAAUAAGCAGGCGCAAAGUCCAAAAGCCAUUCAGGCUUAACUUCUGUGAUCGUACGAAU